AUGCCUCUUUCAAAUGGCACCUUCUUCAAGCCUUCUAUCUUCACACUAAUUGGAGUUCCAGGCCUUGAAUCUGUGCAGCAUUGGAUUGGGAUUCCAUUCUUUAUCUCUUUUAUUCUGGCUGUCUUUGGAAAUGGUCUCCUUAUCACUGUUAUCCGCACUGAGCGUAGUCUUCAUGAACCUAUGUAUAUCUUUUUGUCUGUGUUAGCAGCAACUGAUCUGGGUCUGACUCUUUGUAUUACACCUAAAAUGCUGGCUAUCUUUUGGCUGCAGUCAAGGGAAAUUCACUUUGAUUCCUGUCUAAUCCAGAUGUAUUUCACUCACACUUUCCAGUGCAUGGAGUCUGGUAUUCUCCUGGCCAUGGCCUUUGAUCGAUAUGUGGCUAUUUGUGAGCCCCUGAGACAUUCUGCUAUCCUCACCAAGAAGGUACUAAUCAGCAUUAUUAUGGUGGUGACCAUAAGAGCAUCAGUUAUCAUCAUUAUGUGUCCACUUCUAAUUAAGCUACGUCUGAAGCAUUUCAGAACUACAAUUAUCUCUCAUUCUUACUGUGAGCACAUGGCUGUGGUAAAACUGGCUGCAGAAAAUGUCAAAGUCAAUAAAGCAUAUGGAUUGUUUGUGGCUUUCUCUGUCCUUGGAUUUGAUGUGAUCUUCAUAUUUCUAUCCUAUGCUUUUAUUUUCCGGGCUGUUUUUAAAUUACCACAGAAAGAGGCACGUUUCAAGGCGUUCAAUACAUGUACAGCUCACAUCUUUGUCUUUCUUCAGUUCUAUAUUCUCACUUUUUUCACAUCCUUUAUACACAGAUUUGGCUUCAAUGUUGCUCCUUAUGUGCAUAUACUACUGUCCAAUCUCUAUCUGCUUGUCCCACCCUUGCUCAAUCCUAUUGUCUAUGGAGUAAAGACAAAACAGAUCCGAGAGGGGGUUUUCAAACUGUUCACCACCAAGAGUUAA